AUGCAGAAGAUCCUCAUGCAGAAGCUGGACCAUUGCCUGUAUGUGGGUGACCUGCCCGGAUUCCGGCGCCAUUUCAACCUCCAGAGCACUUAUUUGCGGGGGCUUGAAAUUGAGCCAGUGUUUGGUCUGCUUGACAGUGGUGAGCGUGGUGAUGAUGUGGCGGCGGAGUUCUUACACCAAAACGGUUUCAGGAGGGUCGGGGAGGUAGACAGCGCUGGGUGGCGGCCUCUGCACUACGCAACAUUGGCCGGCAACGUAGAUGUACUGCGAGGCCUGCUGGAGAAGCGCGCUCAAGUUAACGGGCGCACAUGGAAGGAUGAGCCGUCGCUGGGCUUUCCUCCUACGAUGUCCGCCCUGGACCUGUCACUGUUCUACAGGCACCAUGAGGCCACGCGCUUGCUUCUCAGGGCGAGAGCUCACCUUGUUGGUGGAGUUUCACCGGCGGUCAUGCAUGCAGCUGGCGGAGACAAUGCGGAAGGCAUUCGAAUGGUGUGUGCAUUGGGUGCUGUGCCACUGUCGCAGAAUCUGCUUGGAAACCCCACCUUCGCGACAGCAGCUGCUCUUGCAGCCACAGAAGCCCUGGAAGAGCUGCUGGUGCAGGGACACCCAAGCUCGAUGGAUCUUUCUCGGGCCCUCUUCGACGCCACCAUGUUUCGGGGCGGGUCGGCAGAACUGGUGCAGCGAUUGAUCACCCUCCGCGCCGACGUCGAUUUCCAGUUGGACUUGCCGCGGGACUGGAGCAGACUGGGCCGGCUGCUCCUUGCAGUGAAGUCCUGGCAACACCGGCGGGGCCGUACCAGUGCACUAACUACUAUAGCCUACCACUUGCAUGGCAGCACGCCGCUGAUGCAGGCAAUCCGGUCGGCUCAGUUCGAUGGCGCCGCGGCCCUGAUCGCGGCCGGCGCCCGAUUGGAUCUCUGCAACUGCCGGAAGUGGGCCGCAGGGGACUUUGCCCAUGGGCAGUCGAUCCCACAUUUUCUACAGCUGGGCUUGGAGGGGGACCUGUCAGAAUGCCGAAGGAUUUCCCUGCUCACACAAUCGAGCAGCUGCUUUUCGAUUUGA